GUGUGUGUGUGUGUGUGUGUGUGUGUGUGUGUGUGUGUGUGUGUGUGUGUGUUUCUUCCUUUGUAACAAUGGAUUAAUUAUUAUUGAUGAGGUUACCGACACUCACACAGAGAACAGUGACGAGCUUAGAGCAUAAAAAAAGAGUUUUUAUUGUUUUUUACUCGGUCAGAGAUCAUUGUACUGACUUUUACUGACAUUUAUUGAUUUAUUCAGGUCUUCUGGAUUUGGUGACUGUUUAGACCUUCAGUUUUCUGUACUGUAGUCUUCUUAAAGGGGCCCAGGAUCCGGAAAUCCAGUUGAUUAUUGAUUUGAUAUUGAAAAACUUAAAAGAUGUCUUUGAAACUCUGAUAAUAUUAUAUUAUUAUAUAAUUUUGACUGUUUUCUCCAGAGUCUCUCAUGGUGGUUUUGAGGAGACAGACUCACAGGAGGAUGACCUAAGGCCGGCUCAGCCAAUCACAGAGCUCCAGAGUAUAUCACGUGCAGCCGGCGUGCAGUUAAGGGUUUGACCACAGGGGGGCAAACACGUGUAAACACAUGUAAUCUUACACAACGUGUUACCAAACAGUGAAGGAUCGAGACAUGUAACAGUCAGAGGGUCUUCAUUCAGGACUCGGUGUCGGUAAGUCUGAGACUCUUCAGGACCUGAAAAUGAAGUUUGUCUACUUUUACAAACUAAACUCUAAUCCGGAGUUUCUGUUUUACUCUGAGCUUCAGUUUGUCUUUGUCAGUUGGACAUUUGUCCUCUGACAGUAAAUCCUGUAAAUGUCCUGAGUGUCUGUUCUCUCUCUUGUCCACAGACAUAGACCCUCUCUCUUCACUUCACAGACACAGUCAUGAAGUCCGUGUCGUGUUUGUCCGCGUCUGUCAGGAUGGUCUGUCUCCACACCUCCACCUGUUUCCCUCUCAGUCGGGGUCUGUUGUUCUGCAGCUCGGCGGACAGAUGCUGUGGGUUGGAGAAAACCCCCAGACCAGGUGUGCUCAGUUUCCUCAGCACGCAGGUGAACCCCGCAGCGGUGCAGCAGGUGAGUGCAGCACCCCCCAUCAGGUUUCCCCCCAGACCAGGAAAAGUGGAGGACGAGCUGCUGGACAGACACCUGCUGCAGAAACCUGCUGCAAGAGCCUCCCAGAACCUCUCUCCAUACAGGCCCUCCUCCAGACCUCCGAGCAGAGCUGCACCCGUCAGGAUCCAGUCUCUGUGUGAAGGAGACGUGGUCCCAGAACUCUGCUCCAGACUGGCAGACCUCCCCAGCGAUGACCGAGCAGAGGGACUGGCUGCUCUUCUGGGAGCGUGUGUGGAGUCUGGUUUGGACGGGCAGAACUCUCUGGUCCAGAGACUGAUCAGUGAAUGCAUGGAGCUCCUGUCACUCAAGGACCUGGGCGUGGCUCAGCUCUGCCGCCUGGGGGAGGUGUCCUACGCCCUGAAAGGUCACGGGUCCGCCGUGCUAGCAGAGGUCCUGAACUCCAUAGAUGUUGCUGUUGAAGAGGAUGAUGUUCCUCCAGAUCAAGCUGCCAGAGUUUACUCCCUUCUGACUCUGUGUCAUGAUCCAGGGAACCUGCAGCAGAUGUCCACGCUGUCCACUCUGCACAGACGCACAGAGAGGAUGGUCCACCGGCUCAAGGCGAGACAAGUUAGUGAAAUACUGCAAGUCCUGCUGAAGCUGCAGGAGAGACAGGUAAGAGCAGCAGGAGCUUCUUCUGGAUGUUUGAUUGGAGAUGUUAAAGUGUUUUCAUGGAGAACAAGAGUGAUGAUGAUGUAUGAGACACCAAAUCCCACCUGAGAUCAUCUGUGUGAUCAGAUCUCAUGUUUGUUCACAGGCCAUCUCUCUGGUCCUGAGGCUGAGUCACAGAGCGUCUCAGGUCUUCAGAGCCUUCAGAGACCAUGAAGUUAUAAAGGUGCUCUCUGCGCUGAUGAUCUUGGGACAGCAUGAUGUGAAGCUCCUGGCUGCCAUGGAGAAAAACCUGCCAGGUGAGGCUGAUUCCCUCAGCAGGGUUCAGACAAACAUGGUCCAUGAUAAACACAGUUUGAUCAGAGGAGGACAGUCCUGAUGAUGUCUCAGUCCUGAUGUCUCAGUCCUGAUGAUGUCUCAGUCCUGAUGUCUCAGUCCUGAUCCUUUAUCUUCUGUGUCUCAGGGAGACUGGGCCGCUGUGAUCCAGAGCUCAUCAGCACCGUCAUGGAGUACUGUCUGCAGAUGAGGGUCCGCUCUGAGCCGCUCUUUGAGGCUGUGGCCGAGAACUUUGUCCUCCACGCUGAGAGUCACAGCACCCCCCAGAUAGCCAAACAGAUUGUUGCCAUGGGGAGGCUCAGCUUCCUGCCUCAGGUGUGGGUUUAUGUUAAAACACUGUAAAGUUAAUAAAUAUAAUAAUAUAUAAGUUUUUAUUCCUCUCAGUGAAAAUGACACUAACUAGUCUGUUCUUCUGUGUUCUUCUAUAACUUUGAACCCCUCAGUGCUCCACUCAGAUGUUUAAGAAGCUGGAGACCAUCUUGUCCACCAGGUUCUCCCACUUUGCUCCUCGCUCUCUGAUAGAGGUUCUGCACGCCUGCAUCCACCUGGAGCGCUUCCCGCUCAACCACCUGUCCAGAGUCUUCAGCCCGUUCUUUCUGCAGAGGCUUCAGGGUGAGAGUGAGAGACUGUGUCAGACACAGGUGUCCCUUUAUACCUGUCUACUGAACAAUGACAUACAAACUGUACAUGAGAGUACAGUCACUGAGGAGCAGUAGAGAACGUGACCAACCAUGAAACAGACACGUCUCAGUUUGACCUCUACUCCUGCUGAAGCAAAAUCACUCAGUGGGACUUUUUUCUUCAUUGGCUCUGAGUUCACUGACAGAGUGUCUCUGGGACUCUGGGACAGACUUUAGGUCAGACCUCCUCAGAAGGAGCUCUUUAAUGUGGACGUUGGUCAGACAGGUGUGUUUCUCCUGGUUUCCUGUUUAGUUGUUACACUCCCUUUUGACUUCUCUCUCAGAAAACCUCAUGUUUGAAAAAACUACCGAUCCUUAAAAGGGAUAUUCUGACGUAAAACUAAGUUAGGGUCAAACAAACCAUGAUACAGAGUUAGACCCCCCCUCCAGAGAUGAAUGUUGUCGACCGCUUCCUUCUCUAGUUAUACCAACUUUAGUAACAACCGCAGGAUAGAAAUACAGAGAGCCACGCCCCCAACCAAAACGCCACUCUAUAGCCACAAAUAAUGCUCAGAACAGCACCUAACUUCAUCAACAGGACAUAUAGGGUCACAGACAUAGUACUAGACACCAAACAUCUUUUUAACUUUGACUCAUUUCUUUAACAAAGAGACUAAACACAACUCACCUACUCUCUUCCAGCAGACGCUUGUUUGUAGAGAGACCUCAGGCCAGUCCAUUACAGACUACAGCGGGGUGCCGCAGCUCAAGGAAGAACAUUUAUGAACAUUUCUUUAUCAUUUCCUUGAAGUAAUAAUCACCAUAUUAAUCAUUUUACAGACGUCGUAGUUCUUCUGUCUUAGCGUCUCGGUCUGAUUGUAUUUCCAUGAAGUAAUGAUGUUGUUUCGGUGUGUUUGACCCUAAAUUAGUUUUACAGCGGAAUAUCCCUUUAAGCUAAUGUUGUUAAUGUUGUUAGUGUUGAACCUGUGUAGCAUCAUGCCAUGUCUGUGUCUGUCCUGCAGCUCAGGGAGAGCCUCUGGACAGGGAUGUCCUGGGACAGCUGACCCAGCUCCACCUCUCCACCUCUCUGGAGUGCACACACUUCAGGGUGAGAGAGAUGUUCCUCCUUUACUCUCACUGAGAACAUUUAAAGAAGCAGCUGAAGUAAAUCAGGCUGUAACCUGUUUUCCUCACCAGGGCCCCAAACUGCCGUACGCCUUCCAUGUGAAAAGGUUGUGCUCAGCAGACCUGGCCUCAGAGACCCCUACGGACGGUUUGUUUCAGAGACGGGUCAAACGGAGUCUGAAGCAGCUGCUCGGGGGGAACUUUUACUCCACCAGGACCUUAAGUCCCACCGGCUACAUAAUAGGUGAGUGAUAACCAGACAGAGAUACAGAGUGUUGAUAUGUUCUAAGAUGCUGUCCCUGAAACAUCGGUGAAAAUACACCAAACCUCAUCCUGACAUAUUUACGUUCCUCUGUAAUAUCUGGAGUCUCCUCAUGCUGUUGGUGUUUUCUUCUCUUUUCUGCCAAGAUGUGGAAAUGUGCCUUGAUGAAAACGGAUACGUGCUGCUUCCAUCUGAGUGGGAACAAAACGAAAGAAGGUGAGAAAAAACAGAGAAAAUGGACUUUAAUACAAACAUCGUUGAAAACAAGUCGACAACACUGUCCACACUGAUGCAGACUGUGAGACCCUGACCUCUCAGGGUUGUAGGUUCCUGUGGUUCAUAGUCUCUUUAAUCCUAUCUGUCCUCAGGGUGGCGCUGUGUCUGGAUGGUCAGAGCCGUUUCUGCAGCAACACACCAACCCUGCUGGGAAGAGAAGCCACCAAAAGGAGACACCUCCUCAAGAUGGGCUACGAGGUGGUCCAGGUAGGUCUGAGGAAACGUGUUGGACAGAUUAAUAUUUACCAAGAUCUUUAAAGUUUUCAAACACCUUUGACUUCAGACAAGAUGAAGCGCUCGAGACCGGUUCACAGUCUGGUCUUUAUGUCUGUAACUCGCUCCAACAUGAGGAAGUCCUGUCAGCUGAAGCUUCACUCUUGAAAUGAGAUCCUCACAGGAAAAAACAAACGUCUCUGAUAAAGUCGUUUUUUUUUCUUCCACAGAUUCCGUACUUUGAGUUUGAGAGGCUGCGAUCUCUUGAGGAGCAGGUCAAAUAUCUACACGACAAGAUCUUCUCAACCAUCUCAAAGUUCACUCACUGAAAACACGUCCAACCAAAGGAACGGCCUGAUGUUCAUGUGACAGCGUGGAUGUUUUCUGAAUGAUGCACACUGGGAGUGUUGAGGUCCAGUUACCUGUUUUUGGAGUCUUGAAGAAAACCAUGGCCUGGAUGAAUGAGAACCUACAAGGACAAGUGCAGAAAAAGGACAUGUACUCAGUAGAGAAGGUGCAGAAGGAGAUUAUAACGUUUAGUGUUUGUAACAAAUAUAAAGACGAUAAAAACACUGAAGGAAAGUUUGUCUGCAGACUUCACUCUCAGCUCGUCUUAAAGGUGAUAUUAGUCAGAGCAGCAGUGAAGCAGCAGAAACCUUCACCAGCUUUCACUUAAAGGAUCAGAGAAGAACUUGAUGAAACCAGGAAGUGAAGUUCUGAAUUCUUCUGUUUGGUUCAGCUGAUAGAAGAUUUCCCUGUAAUUUUAGCAGGAGUGUUUCAGCUGAGUGUGUUUUUAUACACUUGAAUGGAUACUGACUGUGAUCAUUUAACAGAUUAAUAAAGUUAUAAUGUUGAUAUUCACUGACA